AUGGCGCCCAGCAACUUUGUCAAACAUCUUCGGCUUCACGCUGUCGAGAUCUCCGGAGAAGCUGUUGGAACAUUCUUGUUCCUGUUGAUGGCACUGUCGGCUGCCCAAGUCGCCAACUCUGAUACUUCACAUGCUGGAGAUGACAUCCACCCUGGGGAUAUUAAUCUCACACAGCUUCUGUAUAUCAGCUUGGCAUUUGGAUUCUCCCUUGCUGUCAACGUCUCCAUCUUUGCCAGAGUCAGCGGAGGGCUCUUCAACCCGGCCGUCACCCUUGGAAUGUGCCUCAUCGGCAAAGUCACAUGGAUCAAGGGUAUUUUCUUGACCGGCGGGCAGAUCUUGGGAGGUGUUGUCGCCUCGGCUGUGGUCAAGGGCAUCUUCCCAGGCACCUACGUCGUUCAGACCAAGCUUGGCCAUGACGCUUCUGUCGCCCAGGGCCUGCUCAUCGAGACUUUCCUCACCAUGCAGUUGAUGCUCGCAAUCUACUUCAUGGCUGUUGAGAAGCACGAAGGCAACGCGUUGGCUGCCCUUGUUAUUGGAUUUGCUCUCUUCGUUGCUGAGUUGCCCGGUAUCUACUAUACUGGUGGUUCCCUCAACCCGGCCAGAACCUUCGGCCCCGACCUCAUUACGCUCGACUUCGGUGCCACGCACUGGAUUUACUGGGUUGGCCCAUUUUUGGGCGCCACGCUGGCUGCCGUCUUCUACAAGUUUAUCAAGUUCUUGCAGGCUGAGGCUGCUGAGAACAGUGAUGACACUGAGAGGCAGCCUCUUCUGUCAUAA